AUGGCAGAUAGAAGAUUGCCAGAACCAAAGCAUCCAACUGUUAAUUUCUCUCGCAGGACAACCGAACCUCUUACUUCCAUCGAUGAUGCUCGUGAAGUGGCUUCCUCUCUCUGGAACAGUUUCAUAGGUGGUUAUUCAGACUCUCAUCCAUUAGGCAAAGCUGUUUUAGAUGGUGUAGAGUUUCAUAUCCAUAGGGGAAACCCGGCAUCCUUGGAUGAUCUUGCUCGGGCACUAUUGGAAUACAAUAUCCUGGGGAAGAAGCAGAUGUACUUAGCUGCUGCACCGCAAUGUCCUCUGCCUGUUCAUGCUCUUGACGCUGUUAUCAGAAUUCAGAACUGGCUUUCUUGA